AUGAAAGGUUUUGUUAGGAUAACUUGGCUUGAAAGUGAGUAUGAAAAUUUAAAAAACAAAGAAAACCCGACUCAAGAAGAUGUUUUAUUAGAAGCCAAAUUAUUUAUUUUACUCGUGAUCGCAACAAUUUUGUUUCCUGACAAAACACAAAACCUUUUGCAUUCUUCUUGGGUCCCUUUUGUGGGGGAUCUCAUUGAAUGUGGAAAAUAUAGUUGGGGUUCUGCAUGCCUUGCAAAAUUGUACAGAGAAAUGUGCAAGGCAGCAGAAAAAGAAGUUAGGAGCAUGAGUGGUUGUGCUCUCCUACUAACUUCUUGGGCAUUCACACGCAUCCCAUUGUUCGCUCCUGUCAGCACGGUGGAACCCUCGUAUCCAUAUGCACAAAGAUGGGCACAAAGAGGAAUGAAUUACCGUGCAACUCCUCGUUUCCAUCUUCAAGGAUAUCGUAACGCGUUGGACCAUAUGCAAGAAAAAGAUUUUAUAUGGAGGCCGUACAUUCAGUACCCGGUCCCGCGUCUAGAAGAUAGUCAAAUCUGGAGUGCCACAACGUACCUUAUUUGUUUUUACAUCGUUGAGAUGCAUCAAACAGAUAGGGUAACACUCCAGUUUGGAGUAGACCAACAAAUCCCUCCCCUUCCUAAGUGUCUAAAGGAUCAACACGCAAUGACCAUGUGA